GACACCUUGUUGGUUUUCCUAUGAAGGGACUUUGAUAUCAGAUGUCAGAAAAAAAAGUUCCCCCAGCAGGCAGUAGGUGGAGGCUCUGGUAAACAGAGAACCCGCUCCACGCAAGUGUAGCUGUUACCGGCUGUUGGUGGAGGAGCACUGCGAAUCACCUUGAGACCUUGAGGUGACUUUCUGAAGGACAGGAAAAGAAAUCUCUUCUGGAUCCUGGAGCUCAGGCAUAAUGAAGCUUAAAUCCUCUUCUUUUUCUGGGUACUUUGUGGGUAUUCUUCUCCUACAAGUGAUGACAUCAACAUCAGAAAAGUGGACAGUGGCCAUUCCCACGGGACAUUUGGUGGCUAUGGUAGGAGGACAGACUGAGCUUAGCUGCCAGUUGUCCCCACCACAAAGUGCAAAACAUAUGGAGGUGUCCUGGUUCAAGGGUGACCAUUCUACUAGUAAGCUUGUUCACCUGUACAGAGAUGGUCAUGAAGUGAAAGGAAAAGCUGCCCCAGAAUAUGUGGAUCGCACAGAGUUUGUGAAAGAAGCUAUUGGGGCGGGCAAAGUGACUCUCAGACUUCAUAAUAUCCGCGUUUCUGAUAAUGGAACAUACCAGUGUUCCUUUAAGGAUAGCAACUUCAGCAAUAUGGCAAGCAUGGACCUGAAUGUAGCAGCAUUAGGCUUGGAGACACAGAUCCAUAUUCAGAUUCCUAGAACUGAUGGACUUAUGGUGGAGUGUAACUCAGGAGGCUGGUUCCCACAGCCCCAGAUGGUGUGCAGAGACCGCAAGGGAGAGGUAAUUCCACAUUCAUCACAAUCCUAUUCACAGGAUGGAGCUGGAUUAUUCCACAUCAAGAUGACUCUUCUCAGAUACAAAUCACAGGGAGAUAUGAUUUGCUACAUUCGAAACCCUCUGUCAGAUAAAGAGAAACAAAUAAAUAUCAUCUUAGCUGAUAACCUGUUUAUUACAGUCCACAUUUGGAUCAUGGCUUUAUCUCUACUUAUAUGUGUGAUGUUGUGUUUUAUUUUUGUGCUCCCUGUCUGUCAGAGUUUAAAAAAAAAAGUGUUUCAUUGUGACUUCAUUCACACGAUGAACUCAAUUACUGCUCAAGGAAUGUGUUUUUUAUGCGUUUGUGCAAUGCUCGUUAUAUAUCUGCACUUCCGGAUACAAGUUUCUAUUUCAGAUCCUUUCUUUUCUUUGUAUAAUGACUGGAUACGGGAUAUGGCAAAGAUGGUAUUGAUUCUGAUGGUAUUUUACAUUGUGCUUAUCACUGUUUUAUACUUCACAGUAAAAGGGCAUGUAAGAAAAUGAAUAUAUGGAAAAAGACAACAGAAAUGCAAUCAAAAUGUAGACCUGGAAAGCACUACACAAGAAAUGAUCCAAGUUCUUCAAUAAAUGUUGCAAAAAAAUAAAAUGUGAGAAACAGAAGAU